AUGGAGCUCAGUUCUCUUUCUGAAACAAGUGAUGAUUAUAUCAAUAACACGAAUUCUCCAAUGCAGACGCCUCUUCUCAGUAAGACCUUCAUCUCCAAGACACAAGGAAAAGGGAAGCUAAAUAUGAGAUGAAAGAAAUAACUCAAAAUCAAAUUUCAUCAACUCCAAGACUAAAUUUUCCAAUAUCAAAAUUAGGCUAAAGGUACUAAUUCUCUCAUCUUGUAGAGUGAAGAUAUUUCAAUGAAUUAGGGCCAGGUCAGCUGCCCGGUUUUCCUUAAGUAAUUGGAAGAGAAGUGAUAGUAUUAAAAAGCUAAAAAUUGUUCGUGAAAAGAUUGUUAAGACUCGAAAACCAUCAGACAAACAGAAAACUCUUUUAUCCCCUAACAGGUACAGAACAGACCCCUCAAAUUUGCAGAAAAAGAUGUCCUACAGUAAAUAGAAGAGCUAAACAGGCUGAUUUGGUGCUAAAAAUUGAAAAUGAUACUUUACUAUCUCAUCUAGAGUUUGAUCAAGCUCAAGAGAACUCUGGAUGGAAAUAAAAUCAGCGAUUUUAUUCUUCACAGAGGGAAGAAAUUUUUCAAAUAAGUCAGUCAAGAAGCUUAAUAGGAUAAAAAUAAAUCAUACAAAAGCUUUUCUAAUGAACAAAAUGAUGGCUCCGAGGAUGAGCUUGCAGAGUGUCAAGAGUAUAGCAACUAUCCAAAGUGCCAAUAGUCAGAGAAGCUUGGAGACUGUUUUGAGUAAUUGAAAAAUUAAUAAACCAAAGCAUAAAAGACCAAGCAAAGUUUAUAAAAAGUACAGGAAGAAUAUUACUGCAUUGUCUAUCCCCAAGCUGAUGGUUACUACUCACCAGGAUGAGAAAAUAGAACUUAAGGAGAAAUCUCCCCUGAAUAAAGGAGUUAUGGCCAAUGAUAACAAAACCACCAAAUUAUUGUUUAGACGUCUCAGAGCUAACUUCUCCAAACCUAAAGAAACUAGGAAGAGAAGAAUCAGACCAAAGACCAGUCAGCCAAGCUUAUAUAAAAGUAGAAGAUUACGCCUUAAAGCGCCAAAAUUAUACAUUUUUCAGGAUAACUUUAAGAAAGUGUUAAACUCUCAGAAGAGCCAUAGAGUGCUCACAAACAGGAAGAACUAUCUCCCUUCAAGGGUAUUCUAAGU